AACCUUCAGAAUAUUCCCAGCGCCUCUCCGUACCGUCAACGCUCUGGAAUGCACUGCACCUCUCGAUUUAACAUUCAUUAAUCCAUCUCCAUUUAGUUUUUCCCAUGCUUUCCCGAUCGAGAAACAAACGGAUAAACGGAAUCCAUGAAGCCCGUAACGUUCAUGAACGCCUUGUGCGAGGCUGUUAGAGCUCCGACGUUCGUCAAGGUUACUGCUUUUACCAUCCUUUCCCUCUCCAUCUUCUUUCUCUUCGACCGCUUCUCUUCCACUUACCCUUCCCUUAUCUUCUCCCUCUCGCCUGUCACCAGAAAGGCGCCGUCUCCUCAUUCUACUUAUCCACUGCCACUAGCUACUGAAACGCCAUCUUUGUCGUCGACGCCGCCUCCGUCUCCUCCUUUUCCGCCGCCGAAGCCGGCUCGGGUGGACAUAAUGAUCAGGAUGGGGAUAGUGGACGAGACGGGGGUCAUGUCGCUGGACUUCGAGGUCGGAGCCAUAGACGAGAGUGUAACCGAGGAGGAGUUGAGGAGCACGAGCGGUGGGAGAGAGGAGGAGGCGGAGAAGGGUGGCGGCGGUGGCAGCUUUAAGGUUGAGAAGUACGAGGUUUGCGAGCAGAGUAUGAGUGAGUAUGUUCCGUGUAUGGACAAUGUGGAUGUGAACAGGCGGCUGAAAUUGAGUGACAGCGUGGAGAAGUACGAGCGGCAUUGCCCGGAGGAAAGGAAGGGGUUGGGUUGCUUGGUGCCGAGGCCGAAGGGUUAUCAGGUCAAGAUACCUUGGCCGAGGAGUCGAGACGAGGUGUGGUUGAGUAAUGUACCACGUACAGGUCUGGUUGGAAAUAAAGGUAGCUACAAAUGGAUAUCAAUAAGAAAUGACAAGUACAUUUUUCUGGGAGGUGGCAGGGCAGAUAAACACUUGAAUCGGAUUCUUAAGAUGGUUCCUGAAAUUGCUUUUGGCCAAAAGACCCGAGUAGCCUUGGAUGUUGAGAGUGGAGUAGCAGAUUUUGGUGCCUUUUUGAUGCAGCAUAAUGUGACUGCUCUGUCAAUAGCAGGGAAAGAUAUCCAUGAGAACCAGAUUCAUUUUGCUUUAGAGCGUGGUGUGCCUGCCAUGGUAGCAACAUUUGCUACUCGGCGUCUAUUGUAUCCAAGCCAGGCUUUUGACUUCAUCCAUUGUUUAGGCUGUGGAGUUAAUUGGACCCUUGAUGAUGGAAAGCUGCUUCUUGAGGCCAACAGGAUCCUAAGGGCAGGAGGGUACUUUGUGUGGGCAGAAGAGCCUGUUUAUAAACAUGAAGAGAACCUACAGAAACAAUGGAAAGAAAUGGAGGAUCUGACUACUCGCAUUUGUUGGGAACUAGUAAAGAAGAAGGGAUACAUUGCUAUAUGGAAAAAACCUUUGAACAACAGCUGCUAUAUUAAUCGUGAAAGUGGAGUGCAGCCUCCAUUAUGUGAUUCCAAUGAUGAUCCAGACAAUGUUUGGUACGUUGGUUUGAAGGUAUGCAUCACUCCACUAUCAGAGAAUGGAUAUGGAGCUCAUGUAACUACAUGGCCUGCACGCCUUCAUUAUCCACCAGACAGGCUCCAGAGCAUAGAAAUGGACGCCUACGUAUCCAGAAAGGAAAUUUUCAUGGCAGAGUCGAAGUAUUGGAAUGAGAUAAUAUUUAGCUAUGUUCGUGGUUUCCGCUGGAAAGACUUCAAACUAAGAAAUGUGAUGGACAUGAGAGCUGGAUAUGGAGGGUUUGCAGCAGCAUUGCAUGAUCACCAGAUUGAUUGCUGGGUUAUGAACGUUGUUCCUGUUAGUGGGCCCAAUACCUUGCCUGUUAUCUAUGACCGAGGACUUAUAGGAGUUAGGCAUGACUGGUGCGAGCCAUUUGACACUUACCCUAGAACGUAUGACCUGUUGCAUGCAAAUGGUCUCUUCACUGUUGAGAAAAAGAGGCGCAAAUGUGAUAUCUCAACCAUCAUGCUUGAGAUGGAUCGAAUUCUAAGACCCAACGGGCGUGUUUAUAUACGUGACAAGGUAUCAGUUAUUGGGGAAGUGAAAGAAAUUGCAUCUGCAUUGGGAUGGGCAUCUGCACUACGUGAUACUGAAGAGGGGCCUUAUUCAAGCUUGAUUAUGUUAAUAUGCGAUAAACGUAUGUGAACUGCUUGAUUGUGGGCAAGCCGGUAGUAAGCACUUAUAAUGUCUUUUUGCCCUAAUUGUCAUUCACUCUUCUCUGUGAAAGGAGUCUUCCUGAAGAGUGAAGUCUCACCAAGAUGGAAGGCGCUGCGAGUAACUGGCUCUCAACCCAUCUCUCAAUCCAAACCGACUCUAACUAAUAUGACAUGUUUUCUAUGGAAUAUACAUAUAUCCCUUGAUUAGAUUGGUCAAGAAUAGCACAUUAACAUGAUUGUUCAAAACUUGCAACAUAAUUAUGAAUACGAUUAAAGUAUCGAGAAAGGUUCUGUUCAUAUGACAAUGUAUGUUAUCCUGUAACUUACAGCAUAGGAUUUUAUUAGGUAUAUCUAGUACUAUAGAAACUGGCUUUCUUAUAUAUA